CCGAGGCCGCCCGCCGCCCCCUCGCCCUGCUGAGGCCAUGGGGCUGCUGCUGCCGCUGCUGCUACUGCCACCGCGGGGAUUUCGGCUCGGCAAGGGGACUCUCGGUGCGUCUGCCAUGGUGACAUGAAGCGGACAGCGAGGGACGCUGGACUGCUGGAAGGGAGAGAGCCUGCACAGGCAGCCUGCUAGUAUUUUAAUUUAUUAGUAGUGUUCAAUUUUAUUUUACCUUUUUUUUUUUGGUUGGUUGGUUGCUUCUUCCCCUCCCCGGGGCUCGCGAGGGGAGGGGGCAGGCAGGGGAGAGGGGCCCCACCUCACCCUGCGGAUGCAAGGAUGACUGUGCUGGCCAGGGCCCGGCGGGGUAUCCGGCAGCUCUCUCCGCAGGUGGUGUUGCUCCUGCUCUUUGCCUUCUGCCUGCUCAGUGUUUUCAUCUCUGCGUAUUAUUUAUAUGGGUGGAAAAGGGGCUUGGAGCCCUCUGGGGACGUGGCGGGGCCAGACUGCGAUGAGCCCAAGGUUGCCCCUUCCCGCUUGCUGCCGCUGAAGACCCUCAGGGUGGCCGACUCCUCCCGCACAGACCCCUUGGUGCUGGUCUUUGUGGAGAGUCUCUACUCCCAGCUGGGCCAGGAGAUCAUGGCCAUUUUGGAGUCGAGUCGCUUCAAAUACAGGACGGAGAUCGCCCCGGGGAAGGGGGACAUGCCCACGCUGACCGACAAGGACCGGGGACGCUUUGCGCUCAUCAUCUAUGAGAACAUCCUCAAGUAUGUCAACCUGGACGCCUGGAACCGGGAGCUGCUGGACAAGUACUGUGUGGAGUACGGUGUGGGCAUCAUCGGCUUCUUCAAGGCCAACGAGAACAGCCUGCUGAGCGCCCAGCUGAAGGGCUUCCCCCUCUUCCUCCACUCCAACCUGGCGCUGAAGGACUGCAGCAUCAACCCCAAGUCGCCCCUGCUGUACAUCACGCGCCCCAGCGAGGUGGAGAAGGGCGUGCUCCCCGGGGAGGACUGGACCGUCUUCCAGUCCAACCACUCCACCUACGAGCCGGUCCUCCUGGCCAAGACCAAGUCAGCUGAGUCCAUCCCGCACAUGAGCGUGGACGCGGCGCUGCACACCACUGUGAUGCAGGACCUGGGCCUCCACGACGGCAUCCAGAGGGUGCUUUUUGGCAACAACCUCAACUUCUGGCUGCACAAGCUCGUCUUUGUGGACUCCGUCUCCUUCCUGACGAGCAAGAGGCUCUCCCUGCCCCUCGACCGCUACAUCCUGGUGGACAUCGACGACAUCUUUGUGGGCAAGGAGGGCACGCGCAUGAAGGUGGAAGAUGUCAAGGCGCUGUUCGACACGCAGAAAGAGCUGCGCACCCACAUCCCGAACUUCACCUUCAACCUGGGAUACUCAGGGAAAUUCUUCCACACGGGUACCGAUGCCGAGGAUGAAGGCGACGACCUGCUGCUGUCCUAUGUGAGGGAGUUCUGGUGGUUCCCCCACAUGUGGAGCCACAUGCAGCCUCACCUCUUCCACAACCAGUCAGUUCUCGCCGAGCAGAUGACCUUAAACAAGAAAUUCGCUGUCGAGCAUGGCAUCCCCACUGACAUGGGGUACGCUGUAGCCCCCCACCACUCAGGCGUAUACCCCGUCCAUGUGCAGUUGUAUGAAGCUUGGAAGCAGGUUUGGUCAAUCAAAGUGACGAGCACGGAGGAGUACCCCCACCUGAAACCCGCUCGCUAUCGCCGUGGCUUCAUCCACAACGGCAUCAUGGUACUCCCCCGGCAAACCUGUGGCCUCUUCACGCACACCAUCUUCUACAAUGAAUACCCCGGUGGCUCCAGUGAGCUGGACAAAAUCAUCAACGGGGGUGAACUGUUCCUGACCGUGCUCCUCAACCCUAUCAGCAUCUUCAUGACCCAUCUGUCCAAUUACGGCAACGACCGCCUGGGCUUGUACACCUUCAAGCACCUGGUCCGCUUCCUCAACUCCUGGACCAACUUGAAGCUGCAGACGUUGCCACCCGUGCAGCUGGCACAGAAAUACUUCCAGAUCUUCUCCGAGGAGAAGGACCCAUUGUGGCAGGAUCCCUGUGAAGACAAACGACACAAAGACAUUUGGUCCAAAGAAAAGACCUGUGACCGAUUCCCAAAGCUUCUCAUUAUCGGGCCUCAAAAAACAGGAACGACCGCCCUUUAUCUCUUCUUGGGGAUGCACCCGGACCUGAGCAGCAACUACCCCAGCUCAGAGAUUGAGGAGAUACAGUUCUUCAACGGACACAACUAUCACAAGGGCAUCGACUGGUACAUGGAGUUCUUCCCCAUCCCCUCCAACACCACCUCUGACUUCUACUUCGAGAAAAGUGCCAACUACUUUGACUCAGAAGUGGCUCCCCGGCGAGCCGCAGCCCUGCUCUCCAAGGCCAAAGUCAUCACCAUCCUCAUCAACCCUGCAGAUCGAGCCUACUCCUGGUAUCAGCACCAGCGAGCUCACGAUGACCCAGUCGCCCUGAAAUACACCUUCCACGAGGUGAUUACGGCGGGACCCGAGGCUGCUCCGAAGCUCCGGACCCUUCAGAACCGCUGCCUGGUGCCAGGCUGGUACGCCACCCACAUCGAGCGCUGGCUGAACAGCUACCACGCCAACCAGAUCCUGGUCCUGGAUGGCAAGCUGCUCCGAACGGAACCCGCCAAAGUGAUGGAGACGGUCCAGAAAUUCCUCAGCGUGACCAACUUCAUCGAUUAUCACAAGACCCUGGCGUUUGAUCCAAAGAAAGGAUUCUGGUGUCAGCUUCUGGAUGGAGGGAAAAUGAAAUGCUUGGGAAAGAGCAAAGGGAGGAAGUACCCUGAGAUGGAUUCAGAUUCACGCGCCUUCCUGCGGGACUAUUACAGGGACCAUAACAUAGAGCUCUCCAAGCUCCUGUACAAAAUGGGGCAGACGCUGCCCACCUGGCUGCGGGAGGAGCUGCAAAGCACCAGGUAGCUGCCGCCCGCCGCCCGCCCAGCAAUACCUGAGCGGGGCUGACCCCUGCACCCAGCGGGACCUUCCUCAGCAAUACCCGGCCGCUGCCUUGGAGGGGACCCCCAGGAGCGAAUGGCUGCGCCGGAGGCUGCCCGAGCGGCGGCCUGACUCUGCGGUCCCUGCGCUGCCACUUCUCCACCUACCCCACACCCGUUUCUCUUUCGUUUUAUUUUUCCUUUUUAAUUCCUGGGCCUGUCGGUGAGGUCCCUUCCAGCCCCUCUCCGACACGGGGAAGUGGCACAAAUUCCCCCUUUCUCUGCCCAAAGUGGGCUCCAAGCCCCCUGGGCCUGAGGGCAGCAGCAGAGCUGUCCCUCGCCUCCUGGUCCGAGGGCAGAGGAGCCGCUCUGGGCACGCUGGAGGUGACUUUGCUGAGCUGGAGCAGAGGAACGGAGCUGGUGGAGACCCAAAGCACAGAGGGACCCAGACCCACUCCUGCCAUCGGCCCCACGGCAGGAAACAGGAGAGUUUGCUGGAUUCCCCCGACACCUACUUGGAAAAGCUGCGAACAAGGCAGAUUUGUCUUUCAAAGACUCGGGCAGGCACGAUUUCUUUUGUCAUCUCCGUUCAUUUUCAGGCUCCUCAACCUCUUGCUCCCCCUCUGUGGGCAGCGUGGUGGGACCGCGGCCAAGCAGGAGAAGGCCCCGGUGUGCUGGCCCCGGUGUGCUGGCCCCGGUGCACUCCCCGGCACGCUCCCGUCCCCCCCAAGCCCACCCUGCAAUCUUGUACACAUGUGGUGUUUCCUGUGGUAAAGCCGAGUGGUGCUGGGCAUCCCCCAUCACGGAGGAGAGCCGGCCCUCGGGGACAGGGCGGACGUUGGGAUAAUGGCAAUCGGAAGGAUGCUAAGAACUUCAAACCUCUUGAAUAUUAAAAG